AUGAACCGGGAGCGGUCUGGGGGCACUGGGAUGUACAGGGAGGGCACUGGGGGGUGGGUGGUCACCGCGGUGUACUGGGAUGAACCGGGACGGGAGUGGGUGCACUGGAGCGCAUCGGGGGCUCCAGUCGCGGGGUCUGGGGGGGCUCUCACUCUUGUCCCCGCCCCCAGCUGGACCCUCCCCCCGGCCCCGCCCCUCGACACCUCCCCCACCUCGGAGAGCUCCGCCUCCAGCGGCCCCAGCGUCUGCGGGGGCUUCUCGGACACCUACGCGGCGCUGUGUGACUACAACGGGCUGAGCUGCCGGGAGGAGGUGCAGUGGGACGUGGACACGCUGUACCAUGCGGGGGAGCGGAGAUGCUUCGACCUGAGGGACUUCAGCCACUUGGAGAGCCGGGAGCUGGCACUGGCAGUGGCAGCACUGGGCUACAACCGCUGGUUCCGGGGGCUGUGCUGCCGUGAUCUACGCCUGAGCAGUGAGGUGCAGGCACAGGUGCUGCAUGCUGUGCGUCGCUCACCUGCGUUGGAGGAGCUGAUCCUGGACAAUGUGGGGUUAAAUGCGGACUUCGCCUCGCGGUUGGCAGCAGCGCUGGCGGCUCACCCAGACCCACCGCUGCGAUGCCUGGAGCUGCCCCGUGGAUCCCUGGGGGACAAAGGCCUGGCAGCACUGAGUCAGCGCUUCCUGGGGCUGCCAGGGGGGCUGCGACGGCUACGCCUGCCCCAUUGCGGCCUGGGGGCACGAGGAUUGGCGGCGCUGGGCCGGGCGCUGGGCGCAAACCCUGCUUUCCGCAGUGCCCUACAACUGCUGGACCUGGGCCACAAUCCUGGGCUGCUGGGCAGCCCCCACGGCACUGACCUCUUUGCCUUCCUGGCUCAACCCAACGCCCUCCUGCACCUUGACCUGGCUUCCACUGACUGCGCCCUUGAUGUGCUCUUCGGGGCGCUGCUGCACGGCUGUUGCUCACGGCUCAGCUACCUCAACGUGGCCGGGAACAGCUUCUGCCACCGGAAGACCCGUGAGGUCCCACCCACCCUGCAGCAGUUCUUCUGCAGCACCUUUGCUCUGUCCCACAUCAGCCUGGCAGGCGUGCGGCUGCCCCCUGAUGCUCUCAGGUCUCUCCUGCAGGGAUUGGCUGCCAACACCCACCUGAGCGACCUCCACCUGGACCUGAGCAGCUGUGAGCUCCGCUCACCAGGGGCUCGUGUGUUGGAGGAGCUGCUGGGGGGCAUCAGUGCCGUGGGCAGCCUGGACCUCUCAGACAAUGGCUUUGAUGCCGAUUUGCUGACGCUCGUACCAGCCCUGGGGAGGAACAAGGCGCUGAAGCACCUCUGGUUGGGCAAGAACUUCAGUGUCAAGGCGCGAACACUGGAGGAGAUCCUCCACAAGCUGGUUCAGGUCAUCCAGGAGGACGACUGUUCCCUGCAGUCGCUGUCAGUGGCUGAAUCGAGGCUGAAGGCCAGGACCUGUAUCCUGGUGAACGCACUGGGCAGCAAUGCCUGCUUGGCAAAAGUGGACCUCAGUGGUAACCUCAUGGAGGACAUGGGCGCCAAGAUGCUGGCCAAGGCCCUGCAGAUCAACAGCACCCUGCGGAGCCUUAGCUGGGACAGGAACAACACAACAGCUGUGGGCUUCCAGGACAUCGCCAGGGCCAUGGAGAGCAACCACACAUUGACCUUCAUGGCCCUUCCCCUCUGCGACCUCACAGCCGCCUACCGUAGUGCCCCGGAGCGGACAGACACUGGUUGGCAGCAGAUCCAGUGGUGCCUCCUACGCAAUGGCCGUGGUCCCAAGGUGCCACCAGAGCAGGUGCUCCGGCUGCAGCGGGGCAUCGUCACCAGCACGGCUGAGCAAGGCUGUUGCCAAGGAGAUGUGCUACAGAUGCUCUGCCGGCUGAGCGGCCGAGUGCAGGCGGCGGCGCGGGGGCUGCGGGGGCACCCAGGGGCACAGCGGGACCUUGCAGAGGCCCAGGAGCUGCUGCGGGAAGCCAGGAACGCCCGUGCGCUGUUCCCCAGCCUGGCAGCGCUGGGACCGGCAGGAGCCGGAGCGGGGCCGCUGCAGCUCCUCCUGCAGGGCGUGGCUGGGGACGUGGCCAAGGCUGUGGACAAGGAGCUGGAGGUGCUGCUGGAGGCGCUGCUGGGUCGGGCCGCCGAGCUCUGCCCCCGGGCGACGGCGGCUGGGGUGUGGCCCGGGGGGGCGUGGCUCGGGGGGGCGCCUCGGCCACGCCCCCCGCUGCCCCCCGGCCUGGCCCCGGGGGCGCUGCUGGAGCGGGCAGGGGAGGAGAUCCGGGAGCAGCUGGGGGAGGUGCAGCUGGCGCUGGUGACGUCCCUGACCCAGGCAGUGGUGGCUGAGCUGCUGCGGGAGCUACGCCGUGUCCACCAAGCACUGGCCCAGCACCUGCAGGAUCCGAGGAGUCCCCAGGGGCAGGAGCCAUCCAACAGCACCGAUGAGGAGCUGGGCGUUGACGUUGAUGCACCGACGCUGCAGCGGCACAGGCGCUGCUGCCGCCGCACCCGCCCGCCUUCUGCCUUCAUGGGGCAAUCCGAGGGCCUGGAGUCACCGUCGCCCCCCAGGAGCUCUGAGGGGGAUGCCAAGCCCCACCCACUGCACUUCAGGGCCCCGGAGGUUCAGACCGUGGGGGGCUCCCCGCAGCAGGAGGAGUUUGGCCGGCUGCCCCCCACAGUGCCUCCCUAUCCCCAGGAGCACAGCUGCAGCCCAGGCUCAGAGGCAUCAGCCCCUCCGGAAGCUGGCAGCCCCGGCCUGGAGUGGGCAGGGCUUCCUUCCCCACAGACCCCGCCCCCUCAGGCCCUGCCCAGGAUGGGGGCUUGGCCCCAGCAGAGCUGCGGCGGCGAGGGAGGGGGCGGGGCCAUCCCGGAGGCCACGCCCACUGCUCCCACAGGGACCUCAGACAGGAGCCGCCAGCUGCCCCCCCCGAAGCCCCAGCGGAGGCAGCGAGCCCAUUCCUGCGACAAGGCGGAUGCCGGGCCCGGGCCGGGGGGAGGAGGCACCUGAGGGGCGGGCAGGACCUCACGACGGCCGCUCUCGGACGGGAAUAAACUUUUAUUGAAGAGAAA